GAAGCACAUCCCGGGAAGAAAAAUGCGUUGUGGACCCCUGUGCCGAUUCCUGUGGCUUUGGCCCUAUCUGUCCUACAUUGAAGCUGUGCCCAUCCGAAAAGUCCAGGAUGACACCAAAACCCUCAUCAAGACGAUCGUCACCAGGAUCAAUGACAUAUCACACACGCAGUCCGUCUCCUCCAAACAGAGGGUCACUGGUUUGGACUUCAUCCCUGGGCUCCUCCCUGUCCUGAGUUUGUCCAAGAUGGACCAGACAUUGGCGAUCUACCAACAGAUCCUCACCAGUCUGCCUUCCAGAAAUGUGAUCCAAAUAUCUAAUGACCUGGAGAAUCUCCGGGACCUUCUCCACCUGCUGGCCUCCUCCAAGAGCUGCCCCUUGCCCCAGGCCAGAGCCCCGGAGACCUUGGAGAGCCUGGGCGGCGUCCUGGAAGCCUCCCUCUACUCCACGGAGGUGGUGGCCCUGAGCAGGCUGCAGGGGUCUCUGCAGGACAUGCUGCGGCAGCUGGACCUCAGCCCUGGGUGCUGAAGGCUUGAAAGCCUCUCUUCCCAAAGCUGAGGGAAGAAACCUGAGCUUCCAGGUGUCUGCAGGAGAAGAGAGCCUGUGUGGACAUCCUUUAUGCAGGCCUGCGGGUCAUUUCUCUGUCACUCCUCUAAGCCGCUCUUCUUCCAAAGGCAGAAAACUCCAAGGCAGGAAACCAGAGAUAUAAAUACAUGGUUCCAUGCCCACCGGGAAGGAGGGCCCAUCCAGCAAACAGUGGACUAGAUCUGGGAUUUUCACAGAAGUCUUCCUGUUCCAUCUCCCUCUCACUGCAUGCUUCACCGUGACCCAGGGUGAUUUCA